AUGGCGGAAACCGACCCUUCGUGGGCGCUCCGCAACCUCACCCGCGUCGCCACCCAAAUCUCCAACCUCUCCGCCUUCAAGCCCCUCCUCAGGACCCAAUGCUGCGACCUCGCUCGCCGCAUACGCUUCCUCGCUCCUCUCUUCCUCGAAUUGCACGACGACGUCUUGUUGAGUGGUGCUGUUUCCUUCCACGCGCUCCAGGACGCUCUCUUCAAGGCCAGGGAUUUGCUCCAAUUCGCAACCUGCGCAAGCCAGGUUUACAUGAUACUGGAUAGAGAGCAAGUUAAGCACAGAUUCACUGAUGUUGCUGUUCGUUUUGAACAUGCUAUAAGCAAGAUAUCCAUUGACGAGGUUGAUGUUUCUGAAGAAAUUAAGGAACAGGUUGCACUUGUGACCACUCAGUUUAGAAGAGCUAAAGAGCAGUUCGACCCACCGGGUCUUCAGCUUUAUGAGCAACUUCUGUCUAUUUACAACCAGAGUAAUGAUGAGCAUACUGAAACUUCUGAACUACGUUUAAUCUGUGAAAAGCUACAAUUUAUCAAUGUGGAUGACGUUAAGCAAGAUUCACUUGCUCUAGAAAAGAUGGUUGUAGAGAGGGGGGCUCAUUCUCAAAAAAGCAUACAUGAAAUGUCUUUAGUUCUGCUGAAAAAAAUCCAAGAUUUCUUAAUAGUGGAUUCAGGAAACAAUAUUGUGUCUCCAAGUGAAGAUUUAUCUCAACAUACCGAUGAGUCAUACCUGAAACUAUGUCCACAACCAUUGGUUAUACCUGAUGAGUUUCGCUGCCCAAUAUCUCUAGAGCUAAUGAAAGAUCCUGUUAUCAUUUGCACAGGGCAGAAGUUCAGAAAGUAUUAUGACUAA